UCCGCUCCGCCCCCAGCCCGCCUUCCUCCCGCCUCGCCCUCCGCGUCCGCCCGCGCUUCGCUCGUGUCCCCGCGUCGUCCCCAGCGCCCCGGAGCCGCUGGCCGCUAGCGCCGGCACCAGCCAGAAGUGAGGAAAUUUACUGGAGUACAAUGGAGGCCUCAGUAAUAUUACCCAUUUUGAAGAAAAAACUAGCCUUCCUUUCAGGAGGAAAGGACAGACGAAGUGGCCUCAUUUUGACAAUUCCAUUAUGCCUCGAACAGACUAAUAUGGAUGAACUCAGUGUCACUCUAGAUUAUCUACUCAGCAUUCCAAGUGAAAAGUGUAAGGCUAGAGGAUUUACUGUGAUAGUGGACGGCAGAAAAUCACAAUGGAAUGUGGUGAAAACAGUAGUCUUAAUGCUACAGAAUGUUGUUCCAGCUGAAGUAUCCCUUGUUUGUGUAGUGAAGCCAGAUGAAUUCUGGGAUAAGAAAGUAACGCAUUUUUGUUUUUGGAAAGAAAAGGAUAGACUUGGCUUUGAGGUUAUUUUAGUGUCUGCCAAUAAAUUGACUCGUUAUAUAGAACCAUGCCAGUUAACAGAAGACUUCGGUGGGAGUCUUACCUAUGAUCACAUGGACUGGUUAAAUAAGAGGCUGGUUUUUGAGAAGUUUACAAAAGAAUCUACGUCAUUAUUAGAUGAACUUGCUUUGAUUAACAAUGGAAGUGAUAAAGGAAAUCAGCAAGAGAAAGAAAGGUCUGUAGAUCUAAACUUUCUUCCAUCAGUUGAUCCUGAAACAGUUCUUCAGACAGGGCAUGAAUUGCUAUCCGAAUUACAGCAACGUCGAUUUAAUGGCUCAGAUGGAGGGGUCUCAUGGUCUCCUAUGGAUGAUGAACUGCUUGCACAGCCACAGGUUAUGAAAUUACUCGAUUCACUCCGAGAGCAGUAUACCCGCUACCAGGAAGUUUGUAGGCAACGUAGUAAGCGCACUCAGUUAGAAGAAAUUCAACAGAAGGUGAUGCAGGUUGUGAACUGGCUUGAAGGACCUGGAUCAGAACAACUGAGAGCCCAGUGGGGGAUUGGAGACUCCAUUAGAGCCUCCCAGGCCCUGCAACAGAAGCACGAAGAGAUCGAGAGCCAGCAUAGUGAAUGGUUUGCAGUGUAUGUGGAGCUUAAUCAGCAGAUUGCAGCACUCUUGAACGCUGGGGAUGAGGAAGAUCUUGUGGAACUGAAGUCGCUGCAGCAACAGCUUAGCGAUGUUUGUUAUCGACAGGCCAGUCAGCUGGAAUUUAGGCAAAAUCUCUUACAAGCAGCUCUUGAAUUUCAUGGUGUUGCCCAAGACUUGUCUCAGCAGUUGGAUGGCUUAUUAGGGAUGUUGUGCGUAGAUGUAGCACCAGCUGAUGGAGCAUCGAUUCAGCAAACUUUAAAACUGCUUGAAGAGAAGCUGAAAAGUGUUGAUGUAGGAUUGCAAGGUUUGCGUGAAAAAGGUCAAGGUCUUCUGGAUCAGAUCUCCAAUCAGGCAUCCUGGGCCUAUGGAAAGGAUGUAACCAUUGAAAAUAAAGAAAACGUGGACCACAUACAAGGAGUGAUGGAAGAUAUGCAACUUAGGAAACAAAGAUGUGAAGACAUGGUAGAUGUGCGAAGGUUAAAGAUGCUCCAGAUGGUGCAGUUGUUUAAAUGUGAAGAAGAUGCUGCCCAGGCGGUAGAAUGGCUAAGUGAACUUCUGGAUGCUCUGCUUAAGACCCACAUCAGAUUGGGUGAUGAUGCCCAAGAAACGAAAGUUUUACUGGAAAAGCAUAGAAAAUUUGUUGAUGUUGCACAGAGCACUUAUGACUAUGGAAGACAGUUGCUACAGGCCACAGUUGUGUUAUGCCAGUCUUUACGCUGCACUUCUCGAUCAUCUGGGGAUACGCUUCCUCGACUGAAUAGAGUAUGGAAACAAUUUACAAUAGCAUCUGAAGAGAGAGUACAUAGGUUGGAAAUGGCUAUUGCAUUUCACUCAAAUACUGAAAAGAUUUUGCAAGACUGUCCAGAAGAGCCUGAAACUAUUAAUGAUGGGGAACAAUUUGAUGAAAUUGAAGCAGUUGGAAAAUCACUUCUGGAUAGAUUAACUGUUCCUGUAGUUUAUCCUGAUGGAACAGAACAAUAUUUUGGGAGUCCAAGUGAUAUGGCUUCUACUGCAGAAUACAUCAGAGACAGGAUGAAACUAGUUAGUCUCAAAAGGCAGCAGCUGAGACAUCCUGAAAUCGUGACCACAGAGAACUAAUAGCUAUCAGCUCUCCACUGAUCUGCAGUUCAUAAUCCCGCGUGUCAUCGGCAUACGGCAUUAGACGCAAUAUAUUAAGAUGCAUUUCACAGCCAGGAUAAUCCUCAUUUCUUUCCAUUACACAUUUCUCUCUACAUGUUAACAUCUUGCAACCACCAAGGCAUAAUUAUUUAACAUGCUUUGAGACCAUAGAUUUCAAGUAUAUUGAAAGAAGGAACUGUAAACGUUGCACUGAAACUUACUUUAAAGCUUUACCUGAUCUGUCUGUUUAUAGGUGAACAACUGAUAAUGAGCUUUGAAUGGUGCUAAUCAAAGUUUAGGAGUUCUCUAUAUCAAAAAAUGGUCGCCCCCUUUUCCCCAGGUGAUGUGGUAAAUUUAGACUGUAGUUAUACUAUUAGUAGACAAUGGUGUCCUCAAAAAUUUACUUUGUAAUUCUUCACAAGUGAUUAUUUUUGUGUCAAUGUGGAGAAAACCCUUCAGAUCUUUGAUAUAUCAUAUUCAUUAAAAGACAUUUUCCUAUUUGUAUUGAUAAUGUAUAAAAAGUCUGUGCUUAAUAAAAGGUUUCUUUUAAACAUCGUAUUUAAUUUGGUGAUUAUAUUCUAUUUCCAAACAUGAGUGCCUUAUUUAAAAGGGCAUUCUUAGGAUUGUGAGGGUGGUUUAAUACUUGUUUAUUCAUGUUAAUUGCAUGUAUUUUAGCCAGAAAGUUCAUAUAUAAGCAUGUAUAUAUAAUAAAUAAGCAUGUUUUAUCAUGAAAAAUAAUCGUGAGGAACAAUUUAGAUCUUUAAGAAUUUAUUAAUGGAAUAAUAAUUUUUCUCCUUUUCAGCUCAAAAAUAUUAUCAAAAUUAUUAACUCCCCUGAAGAUGCUUUGUCUUUGGGGGAGGAGGGCUGGGGAAGAAGGCAUACAUACUUACUUCAAAGUACCUCAUUCUAUCAGAGUGAUCUUUCUGGAACUAAAAUAACAAUUGUUAAUAAAAUUUAAUUUCUUAUAAUAGGCUAGAAGCAGAAUAAAUUCUGAAGUAGUCUAAUAGCAAAAACUAUCCUUUAGAAAUGAAAUUUAUAAAAUGCUAGUGCUUUUAAGUUUAUAUUACUUUUAAGUGGUAAACAGCAUUUAUGCAAUAUAAUUUUGUGUUAAUUUUUAUUUCAGAAAAUGUUUUUGAAAAAGAUUAAAAAGAAUUUUUUAAGUCUUGUGAUAAUACAAAGUUGUACAAAGAAUUAUAUGCUGGUUCCUUUUCCUUAGCCUAUAAACAUGUCAUGUAUCCUCCAGUGCAAGAAACUUCCUCUGAAACUGCUGGUUUCUCCAGCCUUCUUCAAAGACUGCCAGAGUUCUUGGAGAAAUCCACAUUCAUUGCCCCUACAUCCUCAUCACCCACUGAUCAGCACCUUACAGUCUGGUUUUACCCUGCACGCUAGUGAAACUGUUCCUUUCAAACUGGCUCCCAGUUACCAAAUUGAAUGGCUUUUUCUUGGUCUGCACCCCUUAUCCUUCAACAUUUAUACCUUUGAGCAGCCUUUCCUAGACAACAUCUCCUCCCUUGAAAAUGUUGUCCUCUGUUAUGACCGUGAGUCACUUAAUUCUUAUUAAAAUUUGUCUGCUAAACAUGCUCUUUCAGUUUUUGCGUUUAGAAUGCUUCUGGCUCUUCAGUAAAUGUCUCAUCCCUUGGGUUUCUAUUUUAUCUCAGUAUCCCAUGUUACCUAUCUGGUCCAAAACUUUAGACCUUUAUUUUCAGUUGCCUACUUGAUUUUUCAACCUAGAUGAAGGAUUUAUCGUAUUUAUCAUCUUUCUCCUUCUGGGGCAAUUUUGGUUAAGGAUGCAAUUUUUUUUUUUCCUAGUCAAGCCUGCCAGUAAAGCUGGUAACAAAGUUCAGCUACUCUCUUUUGUCUUAUGCUACCACUGCUUUCAAGAACAUCCAGGGAGUUCUUUCUAUACUUGAUACAUUCUCUCAAUCUUUUAGGGCUUAACUCCUGUGAGUAUGAACUCCUGUGAUUUUCUUUUCAUUCUUCAUGAUGGUGCUAGCUACAUUGUGCAAUUGCUUGUUUAUGUCUCUUUCUGCCAUGUUACGAGCUCUCCCAAGGACAGGGAUCUUGUUCUACUCCUGUCAGCAGUCCUUUGCUUGUGCUUUGUAGGUGCUCAGUCCCCCGUGUGUGAAUGGUCUACUGUAGGCAUUAGUAAUAAUCACUCAUAUCCGUGUCUGAAGUUGGUUUUAAAUAUUACAUUUAUUCCUUAAAUUUAGGGCUGAUUUGUGUGUGAAUCUACUCAUAAAUAAGUCAUUCAGUGUUUUAGACUUUGCUUGAAAUGAACUGGUUUGUUAGUCAUGAGAUGAGACUCUUAAUUAACUUAAAUCUGAGUUGUCAUUAUCAAAUGAGUUAAUUUUUAUAUACUUUAAGUUACCCUGCCUACAAAAAGAAUAAAGUAAGGUAGCAUCUAGCAAGGUUAUUUUCGAAUUUGAAUUUUUCAGAUGAAACUGAAUAUGCUAGUAGCAUAAUAUUCUUUUUUUCCCCAUUUUUUUAUUGUGGAAUAUAACAUAUACAUGAAAGUGAUAACUUUCAAAGUAUGAUUUAACAAGUAGUUAGCAAAUUUCAAAGAAUGUUAUGGGUUACAGUUCCACAAUUUCAUUUAUUCCUUAUUGUGAAAUAUAACAUAUAUAUAUAAAGGUGAUAACUUUCAUCAUACAAUUCAGUGAGUAUGUAGCAUAAUAUUCUUUUAUCUAUAAAUUGCUGCUACUUACCAUAUGUAUAAUUAUCUGUAUACACAUACCAUUAUGAAUGGAAACCCAACCAAUGCCCUAAUGUGAUUUUUUUCAUGGAGUUAUAGUUCACCUAUUGUGUGUGGGUGGUUGAAGGUUGUUCUUUAGUGACUGCAGUCAGUUUGAAAUCACAAGCUGUUUAUAUGUGAUAAAUUAACAUUGCCUGAAAAUGUAAUGGAAAAAUAAUCGUUCAAAUCUGAUUGAUAUAUGCUAUAACUUCCCAUGCUAUUUUAGCCCCUCUCAGGGAAUUAUUGAAGUGUUCGUUGGGAUAGUUUUGUUUUUGUUUGGUGUUUUUGUUGUUUGUUUGUUUUUUGCUUUUUGCCUUCUAGUCAUGUAUUUGCGCCUAUGUAAGCUCAAUGUAUAAUGGCAGUUUUGGCAUCUGUUCUUCACACAUGUCUAAUGCAGCACAGUUAUGAUGCAAAGAUGAUAACUUCAUUUUAGAUAAAAUUGAUUUUAUUCCCAGUCCUCAUUGUUGGUGACCUUAUUCUGUUAGUGUGUUUCAUUGGUGAUGUUGAUGAAACUGCUUAGCCUGCCAGCCAGGAUGUUUAUGGCAGACCUAGACUUCACUGCUGUAUAAGAUUGGAUACUUCUCUCACCUUUUAAGUACUUAAAUUGGCUAGUGCUUGAUGCUGCACUAAUGCCCUAUUCUAAUAUACUCCACAGGGUUUACCUAGUCCUAAUAUGUUUGUUGUUUGUUUCAUUACCAGGUUGGUUAAGAAAUGUCAGAUUUAAUAUCUGACAUUAUAUAAUUUUAGUUUGUGCUACAGAAAAAAGUCUGGGUUUAACUAAGAAGCAUAAAUAAUAGCAAGAAUAGUAAGAACCAUAAAAGCUAAAAUAAGAACUAUAAUGAAUAUAUAAUGGAGAGAUUUUGGAAUUUGCAUACCUGGCUGCAAAAUUUGACUUUAUUAUUCACUGUGGUCUUGGUAAAGGUCACUAGACUUUUCUGAGUCUGUAAAAUAGAGAAAUUAUAUCAAAUAAAAUUUCAAGAAAGAAAUAAAAUCAUAUAUUUACAAGUGUAUUGAAAACUGAUAUGUUAUUUUAAAAGAUGGCAUUAUUAGAAUUAGAUUUUCAGAAUAGAAAAUAGAUUGUUCUUUAAUCUUGUUCUUGUCUCAGAUGACAAGGGUGUGAGAUGUCAUAUUGUUCUUGUUCACCUUCCCAAUCUCUAUCACCCUUCGUCCCUAUGCCCAAUUCACUAAUAAUGAAGGAAAAUCUAUGUUCAGAAUUACAUACUGAAAAUACUAAGAGUGGAGUCAGUGAGCUCAUCAGUAAAUAACAAGGUUUUUAAAUCUGACAGAUUAACUGUUUUAAGGCAGGAUGUUAGACCAGCAAGAUGGAAGACAAGUUAUGAGUAUCAUCUGUUUUGAAUCUGUCAGAGCAUGCCACAACUCCAUUAAUAAACAUAAGUAAAAGAAAGCUUAUCCACUCAGGGUGGAUUUUAAUGAAUCAGCACCAACCUGUAGAAACAACAAGGGCAUAAAUCACGCAGUAAUAAUAAACAGAAUAAGACUGAACCUGUAAUAGAGACGGUUAGAACUAAAGAUGCUCGUUUAAGACUGAAAAAGUUUCAUGGAUAUAAAGGUGAAUAUGACUCAACAUUACUGCAGUAUUUUAAAACAAAUUUGAAAACUGAGAACUUGAGAAUACUAGUGCAUGUACUUCAAGAAAAAGCAGAGCCUGUACUAGAACAUGAAGAACUUAGAGAUAAAAAAAAAAAGCCAGGAC